AUGGGUGUUUGCUGUUCCAAAUAACGAGAUAGAGAAGAUGGAAUAAGAUAAUAAAUUGAAUAGACUAUAGUUGAAUAAUAAAAAAUAAAAGAAGAAGAAGAAUAAGAACAGAUUUAAUUUUAGUGUUAUUCAUCAAGCAGGAAAUCAUAAACUUUCCAAAUUAAUCAAACUAAUCCAACUGAUAUUUGUAACUUAGCUACUUAAGUUGGAAACGAGGAUGUAGCAGUUGGUGUUGAACAACCAAAACUAGAUAAAAUAAAAAAGAAAAAAUCAGAGCAUCAUAAAGACGACGCAAACUACUUAAGAAAAUUAGAUCAUAUUUUAUCUAUAAAAUCAAUUGUGGUUGAAUUGCAAAAGGAAGGAGAUAUGAAAUAUUACAAAAUCUCCAUACUUAUUAACUAUAAAGAACUUUUUUAUAAUGUUAAUUUGUAUGGUACUUUAACUACACAAUUAGAUUUCAAAUAUUUCACUUUAAAGCCUAAGAAAUUUGAAGAAGCUUAAAAAUAUUCAAGGUUUCUAACAUUUUUUUCAAAUGACAAUUAUUUCAAUGCAGAUAAAGAAUGCACAAAUAAUUUUAAUGCAUUUGAUAAAUUAUUGUAUGUUGAUAGAAGCCAAUAAGAGAUGAAGGCAAAUAUGAAAAAAAUAUAAAAGAGAUAGAGUUUGAUUUUACAUGAGAAAUAACUUGAAACAUGUUUAAUUAAUUCAACUAAUUAAGAAAUGCUUGAAAUCAUCUCAGUUGUAGAUAUUGAAUAAUAAUCAAGAUUUUUGACAGUUCUAUUUCACUUGCUAGUUUAAAAAUAUUUUAAAAAGCUCGUAUUAUAAUUAGUGUUUAUAACAAAUGCUACUUUCUUAUUUGAAGUACCUCCUUAAUUUGAUUAACCUAAUGUAUAUAGAUUAGCUUUAUUUUAUGAUAAAUUGGAUUAUUCAUUAAAAGAUUUAUAAAAUCUAUGUAUAAAAAAUUAAAUGGAAUUAUCUAAGAUUUUAUAUCAAAAAUUGGCACUUAAUCUUAUAGAUAUCUUUUAUUAAUGCUAUUCAAAUUAUUUAUAUAGAUUAAAUUUUACAUUAUCAACAAUAUUUUAUGUUUCCAAAUUUAAGACUUUUAAGUUAUAAACUUUUGGAAGAUUAAAAUACUUGUUAUAAUUUGGAUUAAAUGUAGAAGAUGGAAUAAAAUAAUUAGAUGAAAAGAAAUUGAAAUUAUUUUAAAAAGCAUUUAAAAAAGAUCUUUUAGCCUUAUGUGAUCUUUUAGUUUAUUUUAAAAAGAUUAAUCAUUUCACAUUAAAAUAAAUUCAAACAUAACGAAAAAAAUAUCUUUAAAAUAUAACAAAAGGUGAAGAAUAGGAUGAUGACACUAAUUAUAUAAUUUAUGUUGAUAAGAUUUUAUCAUCAAAAUCAGAUCGAUAUAUUUUAGAAUUCAUUCGUAUGGCAAUCUAUGCAAAUGAAAUUAAAUCAAUAGAUAAAACUUUACAAGAUACUCUACCAAUAAUUGAAUCACUUUAAAAAUCUAUUAAUGAAUAUGAAUCAAAUCUAGAAGGAGAAGAAGAAAAGGAUUCUUAAAAAUAAAUUGAUAUCUAAAUUUAAGAACAUCAUCAUGUAGAAUAAUAAAAAGAAAUUGAUUCAGAAAACUCAUUAGAUUUAGAAGUUAAUUAAAAACUGUUAAAAACGUUUUAAUUUGAUUUUAAUUCAGAAUAUGAAGAAUUAUCUAUUAAUAAUAAUAAAAUAACAGAAUAAUAAUUUAUUUAUAAAGAACUAAUUUAUUAAUCAUUAUUAUUUGAAGAUUCAUUUCAUUUCUAUUAUCAAAAAUUUAAAGAAUGUGAAAAAACAAAAUUAGAAGAAGCAUAUGUUGAAGUAUUAAAUUCAUUUUAUACUUUGAAAUCUAUGACUGAUGACUCUUGGUAAUAUAAAUUAAUUAUGGUAUCAAAAAUGAUGAAAAAACCUAUUGAAAUUAUUAAUUCAAUCUAUGAAACAAGCAUUGAUCAUUUUCAUAUUACAAUUAUUUUUCAGAUACUUACUCUAUCAUAAAGAAAGCCAUUACCCUUAUUAAAUGAAUUUCAAAGAAGUAUUAAUAAAUAAUUAGAAAUGAAAAUGUAAAUGGAUAAAAGAUUAAGAAGUCACAAUUCAUCUAAAGGUAUCAUUGAAUAGAAAAAACAUAUAAUGAUUCAACUUAUGUAUGCACAAUCUUAUUUAGCUAGUCAUAAUUAUUAUUAAGCAGUCCAUAAAAUAUAAAAAGUAAUUGGAUUUUAAUUAAAAAAUCAACAUCUUGCUUCAUUAUUUUAUGGAUAUUCAUUAUUAGUAAGUGGAGAAAUAUAAAAAGAAAGUCUAUAAGCAGUAUCAGCAAUGCUCAAUUUAGAAAUGAGUUAAGUUAUAUAUGAUGGUUAUUUCCCAGAAUUCAUUACAUUAGAAGAAACCCAAGAUCAAGUAGAAAAUGGUGUAAAAGAGAAAACAACUCAAAAAUUUGAAUACAUUAAAGUAUAAAAUUUAGCAACAAGUAAUAAGGCUAAAUUGGAAUUAUUAUUAGGAAUGAGUUACUUUGAUGUACAUGAUUAAGAGAAUUCAUUAAAAUGUUUAAAAGUUGCUGAAAUGUUACUAUUAAGAUCAUUUGAUAUGUAUGCAGAUGAAGUUGUAACUGUUGUAUUAAAAUAAUUAUAAUUAUUUGUCUUAUAAGAUGAUAUAGGAUCAGCCUUUAAAAUAACAAUUUCAUAUGCAGAAAAAAUGAAUUAAUAUUAUUAAGAAGGUAAGAUUUUUAAAAGAAAAAUCAUAUCUAAAUUAUAAUUUAUAAUGGCAUGUAUUUUUGAAUUUAAUGGAUAAUUUUUAAGUGCUUUACGAUAUAUAGAGAGAUCUAAUCGAACUUAUUCUAAUUCUAAAUCUAAUAAUUUUAUUAUUUAAAUGCAUUUUUAAGCUAAAAAACUUAAUUUAAUAUAAAAAAUUAAAAUAGCAUUCUAAAAAAUAAAAAAUAAACAAUAAUUAAGAGAUCCAACUGAUUUAGCAUUAUUUUCAACUCUUAAUGAACAUAUGGCUUCUACUUUCCUUUCAUAAUUUUAUAGAUAGAGAUUUGUUUAAAAAUCUUCAUUACUUCUUGAAAAAUAUGGAUAAUAUUUAAUAAAGGUUUAAUAAUUAUAGAGACUUAAAAUGAAUCAAAAAGCAAUUAAAUUUUUGAAAAAGAUUGUUAAGAUUUUAAACAAAACUAAAAAAGAUGAGUUAUACGCUAUCUUAUCUGGUUAUGUAACUUAUCUUAGUCUUGAAAAUUCUAAAAAACCAUAAUAGAUUAAAUAAUUACAUGAAUAAAUAGAAAUUAAUGAAAGAUAUUUUCUCUUCCCAAUUAAAGAAUAUCACUUAUUAAAAUGUUUAAUUUAUCUAAUAAUUCUCUAUACUAAGAUGAAUUAAGCAAAAUAAAUUCAAGAAACUAAUGUUAAAAUUCAAAUGGUAAUUGAUGAAUUUCUUGAAAAUCUCUAAUGGAAAUCUAUUUCAACAAAAUCCUUUAAAAAUGCUCCUAAUAAAUUUGAAAUAUUUAUUAAAAAAGGUAAAAUCUCUUUAUUGUAUUAAAUAUCUGCUGUUAUUGAAUUAAUUGAAUACUAUCACAAUUUAAAAAAGUAAAUAUUUGAUGCUAUGUUUAAUGGAAUGUAAUUAGCAGAUUUAUAUAAAACAAUAAGAGCUGAUUUUUAAAGGUUUAUUGGUGAAAUCAAUUAUCAGUUAUUAAUUUAGAAAUAAAAUUGUUUAUUUGGAUAUUACUCUUAAAUAAAAUAUCAAAAUAAUUUACCAAUUGAAUAGUAAAAAAAUGACAAUAAAGUUUAAGAUAAUAUAUUUGUAUAGGCAUAACAAGAAAAAGAAAUAGAUACAAAUUUAACAAAGACUGAUACAGCUAAAAUUGUGUUGGAUAUUAGAAGUUAUUAAGAGAUAUUGAUCUCUAACAAAUAAACCCGUUUGUCAAAAUAAUAACAAUAGAACAAAAUAGAAGUUAAAAACUCUAAUAAUAGUUUAGAAAAUAUUUCUACAAAACAUGAAAAAUAAAAAUCAACAAGUCACACUGAUUAAUUGAAAACAAAGAGUGUCAAAAAGUCAACUAAAUUGAAUCCUUUUGAAAGCACCAUGAAAAAAACUCAAAAAUAACUUUAAUGA